UUUUAUUUAUUGACAAAAAGUCAGUAGCGUCGCGGCCAACAUUUCAACAGGAGCAAAAAUAUUAAAAGCACUGUUUAAAGACCAAUUUUCCAUUAAGCAGCUUUCGCAUUUUUAGUUCAAUCAGUGAUAAAGGCACAUUUAAUUAAAUUAAUCAAAAUUCGUAAUGUGGUCUUCAAACAAAAAGAGAGGUUAUGUUGACAGUUGUUUGUGUUGUGUUAUUGUGUAAAGGAAAAAUAGAAAUGUAACACUUAAAAAAUGUUCAAUUCCUGCGACAAACAGAGAAAUGAUUAACGAUGUACGCCCCCAAAAAACCUAAACUACGAUUUUUGUUAAAACUUGGAAUUUUAAUUGCUGCGUUAUUAGUUGUUUAUUUUACGUUUUUUCAUUACAAUUCCGAUGGUUCUGCUAACGAUGCAACAUUUUUGUUGCCAUUCAAAAAGCCUAAAGAAUACAAUGUCUGGUUGAUAUUUACUAAAGUCUCUCAAAGGUCGCCGUUAAGAUAUAAAUUCCACAACUUGUUGGAGAAUAUUUUAAACAUAAGUUCUGUUCCUUUAAAGUUCCAUAUUAUUGUUGAUAAUAGCUCAAAGCAAUUAGCAGUAGGUGAAAUAUCAGAUGUGGUGUCGCAUUCGAAUAAAGCAAUAUUUUAUAAAUUUUAUGAUGUUGAAGCGUGUGCAAGAGCGAUUAGUGAUAUUGUCGACGUUAUGACCCCUCAUUUUAGUUCAAAACCGGGUACUUACUACAGCGACGCACUUUUCUAUAUUUCUUUGGGGCUGUAUCGGAUAGCCCCACCUUCCCAGCGAACUGCCCUUCUACUAGACUGUGAUUUAUACUUUAAGAAGGAUAUUCGAUUAGUGUUUGAGGAGUUUGACAAGUUUAAGCCAACUGCGCUUUUUGGUUUGGCCCCCGAGCUGACUCCAGUCUACCGUCACGUCCUCCAAACCUAUAAAGUGAAAAAGAACUCAACAUUCGGAGAAUAUUAUCAUUCCAAGGCGAUAUCGAGCAAUAUGCAGCAUCCUCGUGGCUUCCAGGGCUAUAAUUCCGGUGUUGUUUUGAUUAAUUUAAGUGCAAUAAGAAAAUCAAAGGAAUAUUCCCAAAUUAUCAGGAAUGAAACUGUGCAAUAUCUCACGUCCAAAUACAAAUUUCGAGGUCAUUUGGGUGACCAGGAUUUUUAUACUUUGAUAGGGUUUGAAUAUCCUGAUUUGAUUCAAACCAUAAAUUGUGGUUUCAAUCGCCAAUUGUGCGUCUGGUGGCGAGAGCAUGGCUACCGUGAUGUUUUUGAUUUUUAUUUCAAGUGUCAACACCCCGCUGUUAUUUUACAUGGAAAUUGCAACACGAAAAUUCCAAAAUAAAUUAAAGACUGGUCAUCUAUUCGUGGAAUCUCUACACGUCCACUAGUAGUUUUGGGAAAAUUUGAGUUGGCAGCAUUGGUUAUUGCCAAUCAAACAAUCAUGUGGUAUGACCCGGUAUAUUAGGUACGAGUGCAUUACUGGGUUGUGAAAGUACUCAUUUAUUUUCUUGUUUGUAAAACAGUAUUUUUCAAAAAUAAACAGUUUUUUAUUUUU